AGCAAGCUGGAAACAUAGCUCAGUGUUCGCGUGCAGUACUUGCAUACUACAGUAAACACAAUGUUGCUACAACGCAAGGUCGGCGCCUUUCAAAAAGGAGCGAACAGCCGAGGUCGAUUGAGUCGUGUGGUGGUGCGUGCGAAGGCCCAGCCCGUGACGGAGAAGGAGGUCCGACCUGGAGUUUAUGAGGGGUACUGGACAUGGAAGGGCCACCAAAUCCGUUACCAGCGCAGCGGCGAUCAGGGAACGCCAUUACUGCUGGUGCACGGCUUCGGCGGCAACGCCGAUCACUGGCGUAAGAACACGCCAGAGCUGGCCAAGAGCGGCCACCGUGCCUUCGCCAUCGAUUUGCUCGGCUACGGCUACUCUGACAAGCCGGACCCCAAAGCCGCGCCGCCCAACAGCAUUUACAACUUUGAGAACUUUGGCGACCAGCUUGUUGACUUUAUCAAGGAGCGCAUUGGCUCCGAGCCCACCUUCGUCAUCUGCAACUCAGUGGGUGGCCUGGCGGGCCUGCAGGCCUCCAUCGUGGCGCCGGAGCUGGUGAAGGGCGUGCAGUGCAUUGACAUCUCGCUCCGCGGGCUGCACGUGAAGCGGCAGCCGGCUUGGCAGCGGCCCUUCGUGGCGGCCUUCCAGCGCUUCCUGCGCGAGACGGACGCGGGCAAGGCCUUCUUCGGCAACGUGGCCACCGAGCGGACCGUGGGCAACAUCCUGCGCCAGGCCUACGGGCGCAAGGAGGCCGUGACGCCCGAGCUGGUGCAGGCCAUUCUGGCGCCGGGGCUGCGGCCGGGUGCCGUGGACGUCUUCCUGGACUUCAUCUCCUACUCCGGCGGCCCGCUGCCUGAGGAGCUCAUGGCUGCCACAACCCGCCCCGUCAGCAUCCUGUGGGGCGAGGCCGACCCCUGGGAGAACGUGCAUGAGGGCCGCCGCCUGUUCGCGCCGCUGCCCUCCGUCGUGGAGUUCGUGUCGCUACCCGGGGUGGGGCACUGCCCGCAGGACGAGGCGCCGGAGCUGGUGAACCCGCUCAUUGAGCGCUUCGUGGCGGCGUACAGCGCGGGGGGCGGCGGCGCGGCGGCGCUGGCGCAGGUGCAGGCCAGCACGGCAAGGGCGUGAGCGUUGCGUUGAUGGUGACGAGCAUCGCGUGUGAGUGGGACUGAUCGUGUUGGUGGUGUUGCAUUGUUGUGUGGCAAGUGAAAUGAAGAUUUUGUGAGAGAGGGUUGGGCGAGGUUAGUGGAGGUUUGAUGUGCGGUGGGUGUUAUUGUGGAUGGAGUGAAGUACUGGUAGUGGGGUGGAGCGGGCGCGUAGGCUGGAUGCAGUCUUGGUGUGAGCCUGGAUCAGUCAAUAGGUUAAGAGAGACAGUGUAGUAUGCACCAAUACGAUUUGGUUCCAUAGGUACGAGAGGAAAGUGGAGAAUAUAGUAGCAUGUGUGAAGAAAGGAUGAGAGCAAAGAGAGAGGGAGUGAGGGGGAGAGUGGAGUGGGCCCGCGGCUCAGCGGCGCAAGUGUGGAUGGCGGAACCACUGGUGCUGACUGUGUAUCUAUAGCUGCGGAGGUGAUGCAGAGAUGCGGAGGCACGCAGAGACGUCUGGACCACCGGGCACGUGCGGUAGCACGGGAACGAAUGAUCUGUGCUGCGAUCGUGCUUACUCCAGCUAUCCAACUGCUGCUGCAGGGCGGCAGCUGUCCCGGGGGUGGCGCGGAGGCGGCGAAGCGCGUCCGGUGGGGGCCCAGCGGCCCAGCGCGGUGCAGAACCUGCCUCGACCGCAACCACAAGCGCCAGAAAUGUGGCCCACCGCUGGACAAGCUGCUGCACGAACUGCUGCAGCGACAGCGACAGCAACUUCAUGGUCGUGGGCUGAGUCGGUGGCUGUUAGCCGGAUGCUAGAGGGUAUUGCCAUCGAUCGGCUGUCACACCUGUUGAUGUCUGGACCAUUCACCAUCUCAGCCCCACGCUUCCCAUGGUAUCGUUGGUAUCUCAGAUAUGGAUGUUCGACCACACGAGUUCGUUCCUGAAACGACCCUGCUGCCAGAGGCGGUGUGGGUCAGCACGUACCGUGUUGGGGCUGAGUCGGUGGCUGGGCUGGGGCUGAGUUGCAGUGCUUGCGCUUUAGAGUCAUGGGGGCGCGGUGUCAGUUGGCGAUAUGUCGGCCCUCCCUAUUCUGGUGCGAGGUGCUCCGGUGAUAAUCUGUUGGAUAGAUACUACAAUAGCUGGCCUGACGGUGAUGCAGACCUGAUGGGGUGCGUAGGGAUGCAGUUGCCCAGCUGCAGUUCGCAGGAGGCCGCGGCAGCGGCAGUGGAGUGAGGUGGCGCGCAGUUUGUAACAACAGUCUUGA